ACCUAAAAACGUGUGGAUAUCAAGUCGAAGCCAUAGGUUCUUUUAGCUUUUGAAGUCGGUCUUCCCCUCCUAUUUUACGCAAUGGAGAGUAAAGCCUUGGAGCUGAAAUCCUCCUCUGACAACAUUUCUCAAAAUGACAAGGCCUUUUCCGGGUAUCAGUGGACUUAUUUCUCUUCUCUACAAGAAGGUCCGCUUCGCUCACGGGCCGAGCUGUUUUUAGCAUCCAUGGAUUGGCCUGCACUCCUAGAUUACGCAGCCAAGAAGCGGAAUGGCAUUAACUGCAUGCUACUCCCGGAUAUUGGCCUUGGCUACAACCACAUGGUUCGAAUUAUCGAAUUUGCAGAUGAAACCCGAUGGGUGGCGCGGCUCCGAAUGCCUCCUCUAGCAAAAUCUGGUUCCGAUGAAGAGGCUCUGAAGACCAUAAUGAAUUGUGAAUUCAACGCAAUUUCUCUUGUGCGACGAAAGACCAGAAUACCUGUCCCCCAAAUCCACGCAUUUGAGGUGAAAAGUGGUUGCAGCAUGAAAGCACCAUUCAUGUUAAUGGACUGUUUGGAGGGUAAUGUAGGAAUGGAUUUGGGCAUGAAGAUACCACCUGAGUAUAAGCAAGCCUUUUUGAGCAGUCUAGCAAAGAUCCAUGUCCAGCUAUCCGCGGUACAGCUGCCUAAGAUCGGGACAAUUGUCUCUAUGAACGGGAACGGCACGUACCAACAAGGCCCAAUACCAGGGCUGGGAGGCCCCUUUGACACAGCAACUGAGUUCUUCAAAGCAUGGGCGGCCAAAGUUGAAUUUGGUAUGUUAGACGAGCAACUACGAGCAGCAUCCGGCCCAUACGCUGCCGAAAUCAUUCCCUCGGUCGCCUCCUUCACAAAAUCCAUCAACAAGCUAGCUGGUAGACUGUCUGUCCGCGAUUACGGCCCGUUUCCUCUCUGCCAUGGUGACUUUGGCCACAACAAUGUCAUUGUUGAUGACAAAUAUCACGUCCUCGGCGUAAUUGACUGGGAAACAGCCUUCGCUGGGCCGUGGGAGGUAUUUGGAGAUUUCCCUUUGACUCUUUCAACAGUUCCACCUGCUAUGGAUGCACCAUGGAACUACGAUGAAGAAGGCUCUCCCAAGAGCCCUGAUCUAAUACGAAAAUUUGCGGACCAGAUAGACUAUGUGGCGGCUGUGAGACAGGAGGAGAAUAGAAGCGAUGGAAAUAGCUGUUGUCUAUCGGAAGCGCUAGGGGAUUCAAGAAGACAGCAAUUGGCAACUGCGAUGAGGCUGUAUCAGAAUGGAAAGGUUGGAUGGUACUCCAAACUGAUCGAUGAGUUUCUCUCAUAGGUAAUCUCCUAAAAUCUGUUGGAUAGAGGGAACUCAUUUCCAUUGCACGCGCAAUAGACUGUGGGCCGAAAUCUUAUCAACACCAUUUUAUACCUUGUCAGCGUGGUUGUAAUGGGCAGGAUUGGCUUGGUCAAUAUUGCCAUGGCUAGCUCAGAGUGUUCAAGCCAGCUCAGGAAUGCUAGUGGAUUUAAAGAUAUUCCUCGAUAAUCUCUCAGACCGCCUCGCAGAUAGGAUUACGAAAUACACGUAGUAAUGACAGACUCUAUGCCGCUUCGUAGCGAGUUUCUUUUCCGGCCUUCAAUCUCUCCUGCUGUUACGCAGAGCUAAUUCUGCCACCCGCAUUCACACACCGUUCCACGCUUGACUUCUU